AUGGCGUCAACUACUCGUUCUAAAAAUCAUGAUGAUUCGUGGAAAGACAUGGAAUCCAGAAUUCAUGAGGUGCAGAACUCUUGUUUUAAGAUGAUUGAGACAACGAAUUUGUCUAUGGAAUCGAAGAUUCUUGGCAAGAUUGAUCAAUUGGUGACUCUAGUCACGCAAUGUGAUGCCAAGAUUGAGUCCUACAAUGCUACAAUGGAUGAUCGGAUUAAUCACCGGAUUCAGGGGGUGCUGCUUAAAAAAAGGGGUGGGCAUGACAAUGGGUUCGAUCGAGCUUCUUCAUUGUUGCAGACUCCUAAUAGUCAGCAGGAUAAAGGAUCGCGUGAUAAGGGGAAUAGAAAUCAGUUGUAUCAGCCUCGGGUUGAUUUGCAGAAUUUCCAUGGAGAAGAUCCAAGAUCUUGGUUGCGGAAAUGUAAUAAGUUUUUCACUAUUAAUCAGGUACAUGACUCUCUUAAGGUUGAUUACAUUGAAAUGUUUUUGGAGGGUAGGGCUGAGAUUUGGUUUCAGAGUCUUAAGUUGGUGCAAGAAUCUGUUUCUUGGGUGCAAUUUUGUGAGGCUUUAACUAAACGUUUUGGUAAGAAAGGAGGGUUAGAUGAACAAGAGGAGUUCAAUAAACUAGUACAGACUUCUUCUGUAAUCGAGUAUAUAGAGAAGUUUGAAGAAUUGAAAGCUGUGUUGUUAAGUAGAAAUCCACAUUUGGAUGAGAAAUACUUCAUAUCUAGUUUCAUUUCAGGCCUUAAAAUGGAAUUAAAACCUAUGGUCAGAUUGAUGAAACCAAUGACCCUUAUGGAUGCUGUAGAAAUUGCACAAUACCAAGAGCAAACUGUUGAGAUAAUGUGCAAGAAAAGUGAGGUUAAGAAGUCAGUAGUAAGUAUCAAUACCAAGUGGUCCACAAAUGAUAAGAAAGGGGAAACUAAUGUGGUGGCUGAAAAGAAGGAAGGAGAAUCAGUGAAAGAUAAGUUCAAGAAGAUUUCUCCAGAGGAGUUUCAGUAUAGGAGGAAUAACCAUUUGUGUUAUAAGUGUGGGGAGAAAUAUAACCAGGGACACCAAUGUAAGAAUCAACAGUAUACUUAUAUGUUGAUGGAGGAAGGAGAGAAGGAUUUUUUGGAGGAAAUGAUUGAAGAAGGGGAGGAGGGAACAGUGGAGGAAGUGUCUCUGAAUGCUUUGUCUGCAAAAAUUGACAGGAAAACUAUUAAUUUGGAGGGAUGUAUGAGAGGAGAAAAGGUACAUAUGCUGGUAGACACUGGUAGCACCAUGACCUUUAUUAACAGUAAAUUGUUGGAGAGAAUGAAUGUGGAGAAGAUGAGUUGUGACACCAUAACUGUCAAAUUAGCAGAUGGCAGAACUGUCAGAAGUAAUUUUUAUGUGCCCAGAGUUAAAUGGAAAAUUCAGCAAUAUGAGUUUACAUUUGAUAUGAGAAUUAUUGAGAUUUCUGGAUGGGAUGUAAUUUUGGGAGUGGACUGGAUGGAGCAAUACAGUCCAAUUCUAUUUGAUUUUAAGAAGUUAUAUCUGAAGUUAAAUGCAGAUGAUGAGAAGGGGGGACAGAUGAUGUUAAAUGGCAGGGUGGAGGAAGCAAGCUUGGAAUUGGUCAGAGGGAAAGAGUUGAAAGUGUUGAAUAAAAAAUUAGCACAACAAAACUUAAAGGAAGGCCUCUGUAGCAUUGACAAGGACAAGAGCUUGCCAGAAGACAUAAAAAGCUUAAUACAGAAGUAUGAAAGAGUAUUUGCAGUACCUACAAAUCUGCCUCCAUCCAGACCUGUGGACCAUGCUAUUCCUUUACAGCAAAGUUCAAACCCUUUCAAAUUAAAGCCUUAUCGAUAUCCACAUUCUCAGAAGACUGAGAUAGAAAAUCAGGUGCAGCAAAUGCUUGACAGUGGCAUUAUUAAGACAAGUAACAGUCCUUUUGCAUCACAUGUAAUUCUGGUAAAGAAAAAGGAUGAUACAUGGCGUUUUUGUGUGGAUUACAGGCAUCUGAACAAGCUGACAAUUAAAGAUAAGUUUCCCAUACCUAAUAUUGAUGAAUUAUUAGAUGAAUUGUAUGGUGCAACUUUGUUUACUAAGUUAGACCUUAGGUCUGGCUAUCAUCAGAUAUUAGUCAAGCCUUCUGAUACAUACAAGACAGCAUUUCAGACACAUCAUGGACAUUUUGAGUUCAUUGUUAUGCCUUUUGGUUUAACUAACGCACCAGCUACUUUUCAAGCACUUAUGAAUCAAGUUUUUAAACCAUUUUUAAGGAAGUUUGUACUGGUUUUCUUUGAUGACAUACUAGUGUAUAGUACUGAUAUGGAGAGCCAUCUGCAACAACUGAAAAUAGUGCUUAAAUUGUUGCAGGAAAAUACACUGUAUGCUAAGCAGUCCAAGUGUGUUUUUGCUACAAAAUCAGUUGAAUAUUUGGGUCAUAUUAUAUCAAGCAGUGGAGUAUGGAUCCAGCCAAAAUAG